AUGCGUCCCCGGUUGCUAAAACCGGGCGCGCUUCCACUGCUGGCCUUGAUCGUGUUCUCCUUGCUCACUCUGGUCCCGUCGUUACCGAGCAUCUACAACUUGAAGCUUGCCGACUUGACUUAUUUUGUUCAUAGAGCUCCUCAAGUGCCUCUCCUCAAGGAUGUCGUCGCCGAGCCACCAUCGGCAGAGACGCACCUCGGCGAUCCUCGCACACCAUGGAACCCGGCUGCACCGUCUCGAUCGCGUCUUAAUCGUUUCACACGGUCUGCGCGACUAAAUAACGGAGCGCCGACCAUCUUAAGCGAAAUCGCAUCUGAUAAUACAAGCCGCGCCUCUCAUCCCGCGGCGGAAUCAACAUUCUUAUUCAGUCGGCGCGCUCGUGCAUUUCGGUCGUACUUCAUUCAGCAAUUCGAUGAUUACCAAUUCCUCACCCCCUUCUCCACUCGCGUCUCAGCCGGAGCUGUCUCUCCAGAUCCUACUCUCGCACCCAAUCUCACAUCCACACCCACCGCACUUGACAUCACAAUGCCCGACACCGCAUUCCAAACGUGUAACGACUCGGCAUUGCUAUCUACCUCCUCUCCCUCGACCCCAGGACUGCAGCUCCCGCUCGGUGAGGUGUGGCAGCAGGUCUGCCAGAGGACAAUCAACCUCUGGAACCUCGCAAAUGAGGCGCCGAACUCCCCACUCCCACACCUUGUCAAAUGGGGCACACCCUACCUCCAAUCCAUCUUCCUCUCCGAUUCUGAAGCUUCCGACGCGCCAAUCAUUCUAAUCUCCCAUUUGAAUGAACCCCCAUCGGACCAGGAGUGCUCGGAGCUAUCAUCCGCAUCGAACAAAACCCACACACCAUAUGACUUAACUACCGACGCUGCUGGCCGGCAUUCCUCGGAGCUACAAGGGAGUUGUAUGGCAGUGGUGAUCGGCCUGGUUGCCGGGAUAAUCUGGUUCUAA